ACGCUUCCAGCUUUGCAGGCCGGCCGCUCUCCGCUUGACUUUCAUCAGGUCACAGGCAGCAAGACGCGAGUCGGAGUCAAAGCAAUGCGACAGACAGCAGCGCCUCGAUCGCUCAGACUUGAUCUUCCAUCCUCUGCGUCUCAUCAAGACCCUCUGCUCCUACUGUGAGCUUCGACAUCUUCGAUCGGAGUCGUCCAGCCAUACACUCCAUUAACGUGUGAAGGCGCAUACAGCAGCACGAGCGUGCUUCUCCCACACCAUCACCACCUUUUCGUGCGCGAGACCGGAAGAGCAUCCUUAGCCCUCGCUCCUCUGCAAGAUUCGGAAUCUGCCUUAGUUGCACAACAGGAUCUUCAAUAUGGACACCGACCUUAUCAAGGUCGUGAAUAAGCUCCAGGAGACCUUCAGCACGAUUGGUGGAGAUGCUGUGGAUCUUCCUCAAUGCGUAGUGGUCGGGGCUCAGAGUUCGGGCAAGAGUAGUGUGCUGGAGACCCUGGUCGGCAAGGACUUCUUGCCGCGUGGGCAAGGCAUCGUCACACGGCGACCUCUCGUGCUGCAGCUGGUCCACCAGCCCAGCUCAACAAAUGCCGAUGGGGAAUUUGCAGGCACGAGCACAGCUGCUUCAGGUCCAGGUCCGUCCUCGUACGACGAGUACGGCGAGUUCCUUCACCUCGACAAGCGUUUCACAGACUUUGGCGAGGUUAGAAGGGAAAUCGAAAACGAGACGUAUCGAGUUGCUGGACAGAACAAGGGCAUCUCAAAACUGCCGAUUCACCUCAAGAUCUAUAGCCCUCAUGUUCUCAACCUCACCCUCGUGGAUCUGCCAGGAUUGACUAAGAUACCUGUCGGCGAUCAGCCUACCAAUAUUGAGCGACAGAUCCAGGAUCUCGUCACCUCGUACAUCUCCAAACCAAAUUGCAUUAUCAUUGCCAUCUCACCAGCAAAUGUGGAUCUGGCUAACUCUGACAGCUUGAAGCUGGCUCGUUCGGUGGACCCUCGCGGCCUCAGAACUAUCGGCGUUCUCACAAAACUCGAUUUGAUGGACAAUGGCACACAUGCUCUUGAUGUCUUGACUGGCCGAGUCUAUCCACUGAAGUUGGGCUUUGUGGGCAUUGUCAAUCGGAGCCAACAGGAUAUCAACGGCAAUGUGUCAAUGCUGGCUGCACGUAGAGCCGAGGAGGAAUUCUUCAAGAGCCACAACGCUUACAAGAACAUCUCACAUCGUUGCGGCACCAAGUACUUGGCCAAGACUUUGAAUCAGGUUCUGAUGGCACACAUCCGCGACAAGCUGCCCGACAUGAAAGCACGCCUCAACACGCUGAUGGGCCAGACCCAGCAAGAAUUGGCAUCUUUUGGUGACACGGCAUUCUUGGGAGAUGCACACAGAGGCACGCUCAUCUUGAAGCUUAUGACGCAAUUUGCGAGAGACUUUGUGGCCUCGAUUGAAGGUACGACAUUUGACAUUUCGACCAAGGAACUCUGUGGAGGCGCGCGGGUCUACUACAUUUUCAAUGACGUCUUUGGACACGCCCUGGACUCGAUCAAUCCCACCCAGAAUUUGACGGUGACGGACAUCAGGACCGCGAUACGAAACGCAACUGGACCUAGGCCCAGCUUAUUUGUUCCUGAAGCAGCUUUCGAGCUUCUGAUCAAGCCGCAGAUUAAGCUUUUAGAGCCGCCUUCUCUGAGAUGCGUGGAGCUCGUCUACGAAGAGCUCAUGAAGAUUUGUCACAACUGCACUAGCACAGAAUUGCAAAGAUUCCCAAAGCUGCACGCUCAACUCAUCGAGACGGUCUCUGAGCUUUUGAGAGAAAGACUUGGUCCUACUUCGGAAUACGUGCAAAGUCUCAUCGCCAUUCAAGCGGCGUACAUCAACACCAAUCACCCUGCCUUUGUGCAGGACUCUGCCAACAUCGCACGCUCAACCAGGGAAGGCCACCGGCAACCUGCGCCUGCGAUUGCAGCUGGGUCGGAGACGAGCUCGACGGCGGGCGUGUUCGAGGAGGACGCCGAUGACGACGAUGGGCCUUCUCGGGGCCCUAAUGGCCUGGCAGGCGGCGCAAAGAACAGAGGCGACACUAGGGCCACUUCAUCGAGCUAUGGCGAUAGCAAUGGGCGCAAUCAACUUUCUGCCGCGCACGCCUCUACCAUCGGCCACGCUUCGUCCGGCGCAUUCUCACGCACAGGCAGGGCAGCAGAUGGCGCCAGCGCGACAGGUCCUGCUGGUGGGAGAGACUUUUUGAACUACUUUUUCGGAGGAGCUUCUGGCAUGCCUGGAUCUGCCAGCGGUCCUGUCGCAGCCGGACCACAAAGUCAAAGGGGUGCAUUUUCCGAGUACGGCCGGGACCAGAAGUCCAAUCCGAUGCUUGGUCGCUCAGACCUGGAAGGCAGAAGUGCGGCUUUCGACAUGAAGAGCCUGGAGAAGCACAUUGAAGCGACGCCUGCCUCCGACGAGUUCAGGCUGUCGGAGCGAGAAGUUUUGGAGACUUCUCUGAUCCGCUCUCUCAUAGCCUCUUACUUUACAAUCGUUCGACAGUCCAUUCAAGACUUGGUGCCAAAGGCCGUGAUGCAUCUCCUUGUCAAUUUCAGUCGAGAUGGUGUGCAGGCGCGCCUCAUCAGUAGAUUGUACAAGGAAUCUCUCUUUUCAGAUUUGCUGGAGGAGGACGAAGCGACAAACAACGAGAGAAGGCGCGUUCAAGCCCUUUUGGAGGCGUACAGGGAAGCCCAUCAGAUCUUGUCCGAGGUCACUUUCAAGCCGUAAUUCGGCUAGAAAUGCUUUUUCCACCAGCCCUGUGCAUUCCUUGCAGUGCAGUCUACCGCGCUCGAUCUUUAGCUCUGAGUCUGAGCGCUACUGUAUCCUUCGACCCAGUGACACUCGCUUGUCACUCCACAAUGCACCUCACCUUUCUAUCUGACUCAGAAGCUGAUGCACGCUUGUACAAGUCUGUGUUGUGUCCAGCAGCUGAACAGUCAAAGGUGGCAGACGAAGAUUGCAUA